CUCCCGAGCCAAGGUACAAAACCAAAUCACAAAUGUCCCAUCAUUCCCGACGCCUCAACACUUUGAGACGAUCGUCGUUGCAGAAUUAAGUCUUUACUUCUUCACUUGGACUUUCUUAAGUCCCAUGCUGCCUCCACUGAUCACAGUACCACUCUUCUUCCAACGUGUGUCCAACUUCAUUAAUGGGAGAGAGCGACUGGGGCAGUUUGGCAGUGAGAAAUUCAAAGCGGUGGCUGCUAAUGUAGGUGUGUGUAACAAUGCUGUUAUGAUGAUUCCCAGUACUAUCUUGAGAAGCCAUCUAUAAAUGCUCCCACCCACUCUCCCAACUCCAUAUAACCCUUUGCCAUAUCAGUCAAAGAACACCCAUCUCAGCUCUGUUUGUAGUGGAUCAAAAGAGGAAACAAUAUGAAGUCCAAUCCCCUCUACAUUCUUGGCUUUCUCACAGUUGCACUUGUGGCUAGCCAUGCUGCAUUACCGCCGGAACUCUACUGGAAAUCCGUACUGCCAAACACACCCAUGCCAAAAGCUGUUAGUGAUCUUCUGGAGCCAGACUUCCUGGAAGACAAGAGCACCGCUGUGAGCGUCGGUGCCGGCGGAGUCAACGUCGACACAGCCAAAGGGAAGCCACCAGGUGGCACAACGGUAAACGUUGGAAAGGGCAGCGGCGUGAACGUGAACACCGGCAAGGGAACUCGUGUUGCCGUCGGAGGCAAAGGUGGUGGAGUUGGUGUCAACACCGGGAAGCCCGGGAGUCGAACAAAUGUCGGUGUCGGCAAAGGUGGAGUUGCUGUCAACGCCGGGAAGCCUGGUGGCAGAACAAACGUCGGCGUAGGCAAAGGCGGCGUUGGCGUCAGCACCGGCAAGCCCGGCGGCAGAACAAACGUCGGCGUGGGCAAAGGCGGAGUGUCAGUACACACAGGGAAGAAAGGAAAAAGGCCCGUUUACGUCGGAGUAAAACCGGGGAAGAACCCAUUCGUGUACAGUUACGCCGCCACCGCGGAUCAACUGCACGGCAACUCCAACACAGCAAUCUUCUUCCUGGAAAAGGACAUCCAUCCUGGCAAAGUAAUGAACUUGGACUUCACCGAAACCCGCCACGUGUCCACCUUUUUACCUCGACAAGUGGCCGGCUCAAUCCCAUUUUCAUCCGGAAAGCUGCCAGAGAUCCUGAACCAAUUCUCGGUCGAACCGGAGUCUCAGGAAGGCAAGACGAUGAAGAACACGAUCGAGGAAUGCGAGAGCCCCGCGAUCAAAGGAGAGGAGAAGUACUGUGCCACGUCGCUCGAGUCCAUGGUCGAUUUCAGCACCUCGAAGCUCGGCAGGAACGUGGAGGCCAUCUCUACAGAAGUGGAGGACAGUGAAGUUCAGAAGAAGCAGGAGUAUGAGAUCAAAGAUGGAGUGAAGAAGCUGCCAGGUUACAGGUCUGUGGUUUGCCACAACCAGAAGUAUGCUUACGCUGUGUUCUACUGCCACACCACCCAGACCUCGAGGGCGUACGUCGUUCCUAUGGAGGGCGCCGAUGGGAAGAAGGUGAACGCAGUCGCAGUGUGUCAUACGGAUACUUCAGGGUGGAACCCCAAGCAUUUGGCUUUCCAGCUGCUGAAAGUUAAACCAGGGAGCGUUCCAGUUUGUCACUUCCUUCCUCAGGAUCAUGUUGUUUGGGUUCCCAAAAAGUAAGGUUUAUCCUGCAGUAAACAAAUUCCAAACACGGCCCAGUUGUAUCGGUCAGCUCAGGAUAGCUACAGUUGGAGUGUUGUAAGGUUUUCUUAUUUAAUAAUGUACUCGUCAAAUUUACUACAGUCACGUUAUGUACACUUAUAAGUUAUAAUGCUUUGCUUUCACAGUGGACGAAUAUACUAUAGUCUAUACGUUUAGUAAUAAAACAACCAGCCUUAUUUGUCUAACUUGCAUGGGGAGUUACAGUAAAACUAAAGUACCAGUAGGAUAUCCAAGAGUAAUGAGGGAGUUUAGAUCAAAGACGUU